GGAUUAAGAAAGAGAAGAGCGAGAGAAAGGAGAGAAGGUGAGAGGGGUUUUCUCUGGAAAGCGAAGGAGAGAGAGAGAGAAGGAGAGGAGAGGAGAGGGAGAAGAACGCGUGACGGCUAACGACGGAGAGAGAGAGAGAAAGAAAGACAGUUUAGGGUUUCUUCGAAGCUUGGGAAAAAAUGCCACAUCUACUUGGUCCCAAGUCUCUACCAUUUUUUCCUCAACUGUUUUGAGGUAGGACAGUUUAAUAUCAACAUGUUGCGCGGAUGUCAUAAUUGAAGCUUAUAAACUUAUUGUGUGAAACAAUAUGACACUUGAAGAUUUCUUUACUCUUAAUGAGAUGAAGAAUGGGGUUUCAACUCUUCCAAGAGUUGAAGAACUGAUUUCUGCAAUGGAAAGACAGAAAGAUUAUGUUAUGAAGAAUGCAGGCGAUACUGCAAGACAGUGGUCAGCUGUUGCAGACACCUUGGCAGCCACAGAAAAUAAGGACUGUCUUAAUCGUUUUGUUGAGUUGAAUGGGCUCCUCUUUCUUAAUCAGUGGCUUCAAGAAGCUUUGAAGUGCAGUAAUGAUGUUAGUAGUAGUAUCAUGGAAGAAGUAAUACAUUCGCUUCUGGGAUCCCUUGAGAGGCUUCCAGUUGACAAGAAAAACUCAACUGCUGAUGGAAUUUGGGCAACUGCUGAACAACUGCUAGGUCAGAAAAAUCCUAGUAUAAAGGAGAGGGUGAGGAAUUUGCUUGAUAAGUGGAAUAAUGGAAAGGUUAAUGAUGUUAGCCAAGAUAUGGAGAAUGGUGGCAUAUGCCAAGAUAACCAGCACAAGCCUUCUGCUGACGAAAACAGAAUUGACAUUUCUUCAUGCAAUUUGGGGGAUGAGGAGGGGAAUUGCAGGGUAGAUUCUGCUGGGACUGAGUCUCACCACUCAGAUUUUACAAAAUGCUCUGACAGUCCCCAGUUGGAUAUAACCAAUGAUGUAAAAAUUUCUACAGCAAAUCAGACAAAGCCAACUGAAUCUCAGAAUUCAGCAAAUGCAAAUGUAGCAGAGAUUAAUUCACUGCGCUCCUCCCAUGCGUCAAAUUCUUGUCAGGACAACUUUUUUAUUACAAAAGAGUCUGUCCCAGCAGUGGGAAUGGCUUCUGCUGACUUAUGCAGUUCUGUUGGCAGGGGAAAAGCUGCUGAUGAACAGUCUGAGGCUUCAAAACUAAAAGAUGUUGAUAAGGUGAAAGAGAUGGAGGUGGAGGUAGGAGUGAAUAUGACAGAAGUUGACCAAUGUAAAGCUAGUCAAAAAGAAAGUUUUAAUGCCCCAACAUCUUCUGGUUUAUCUGCGCCUUUAUCUGCACAGAAGAUGGAAUCCACUAUAUCAUGCAAUUUUGAUCCCAGGGAAAGCAAAUCUUGUAUAUCAAAAGCUUCUGUUGCUCAUGUUGCUAAGGAUUCUCAAGAUUUGUCCAGCAGUGUAUGUGAACUAAGCAAAACAGAUGGUUCUGAGAAUUCUUUCGCAAGGAAAGAAGCUGUGGAAAGUGAUCGCGGCAUUAAUGAGCAUUGCAGCAAGGCAAAAUUGAAGGUGAGGGAAGGAGGGAACCUUGUGAUCCCUAGUAGUUCUUCAAAAACGAUAAGCAUGAAGGUAACUGGUGAGAUGGACAGGAGGUCAGAAAUGGAACUUGAAUGUGGGGAGAUUGAUGCCUUGGAGGUUGCACGGCAAGUUGCUCUAGAAGUGGAACGUGAAGUUGUUGACUACAGAGAACCAUUCUGUAGCUCUUCUCCUGAUUUAGAUUCAGAGGAGAGAGUGCAAACCUGUAGCCCUGAGUUGGUAGAAGGCAAACAGGAUCAGCCAACAAUUGAAGAACUAAACCAGAAUGAGUCACCAACUGGGAAAGGUCUUUCUGAUAGUUCCCAUUCUCCCAAGGAUGAUAAGUCAGAAAUUCCAGCACAAAGUGGCAUUGAUACCGAGAGACAUGAGAAAGAUAUCAAACCUGAGUCGACAGCAGUUGCUGAAGAGGCAGUCUCUAAGAUUAGCAAGAACGUAUGGGACUUCGAUCUAAACAAAGAUGUGUGCACUGAGGAUGAUCACCCAAUAAACUCCACUCUCAACAAUCAGGUCAACCUGUCUGCACCUAAAGCUAUCGUUGCUGCUUCAAAAGGAGCUCCAGAAUUGCCAGUGAGCGCAUUUUGCUUCGAAGGUGAAUUGGGUUGGAGGGGUUCUGCUGCCACGAGUGCUUUUCGCCCAGCAUAUCCUCGAAGCACUCCAGACGCCGAGAUGCAUUCAGGUCCAAAAAGCAGAACAAGCCUCCCUGAGAUAGACUUGAAUGUGGCUGAGAGUGAGGAUAAUGUGGCAGUUGAACCAGCAUAUGUAAAAGAGGUCCCUCAUCUAUCUGCCUUUCCUUCCAGGGAAUCUUCAAUGGACAUUAGUUCAAGAAGAGUAGAGAGGCUCAAGCUGGAUCUUAAUCGUCUUGGAGAUGAGGAUGUGUCGCCACAUCCAUCGUCGUUUUGGAAGCUUCAUCACCAGAAUGGAGACCAAAGCCUAUCUGCUGCUGCAUCAUCCUCGGGGCAUGUUUCAAUGAAAGACUUUGAUUUAAAUGACAACCCAUCUUUAUUCGACAUCGGUGGCUCUCAUAACCCGAAUAAGCCAUCUUCCAAGGCCUCAGGCAUGUCUGGAAGCUCCAAACUCGACGAUCCUGUUGUUACAAUUAUGGGAUCGAGGAUGGCUGUGGAAAAGAAGGAUUAUGGGAACCAAACCCAGCAAUCAUAUUUGGGGAAUGUACUGGGUUUAGAGCCGGCUGUCUCUGCCCGACAAAUGCUGCCUUAUGCUCGCAUGCCGCCGCCGCCUGCUUAUGGGUAUCCUGGGCUUGGCACUGGUCCCGCCAUGGCUUACCCUUCAGCACUGUAUGGACCUGGCAGCAUCCCGUACAUGGUAGAUUCAAGAGGGGCCCCCGUUGUACCACAAAUAAUUGGCUCGGCAGGACUGAGCGGUGCACCUUCUGCCAUGCCCCCAUUUCUUUCGAGCGUGCAUAGCACAACCAUGAGUCCGAAGGGAACUGGUUUGUCCCAAUCCGGUUUGGAUUUGAAUUCUGCCAUGACAUUUAUGGACAGCGGGAACAGGCAAUCAGGGGGUUUUAGGCAGUUGUUUAUGCAAGGGCACGAUGGUUUAAUGGAAGAGCAGGCUAGGUCUGCCUCGCAGCUUGCAGGUUCAGGGAUGACCCUGAAACGCAAGGAGCCGGACUGUGGGAGGGAUCCUUGUACUUUGGGUCACAAACGGGUGACGUCGUGGCAAUAGCCUAUUCUCUGAGGCUAACGGAUUUGUUUUGCUCUUAUAUUUUUAUAUUGCAAGUUCCCUUGGUGCCGGAGGUGCCACGGUGAUCAGAAGAACUGCUAUUUACAUGAUCGGCGCCUUGAGGAUAAAUUGACCAAUUCACCAUGUGGGAGUGGCUUCAGGAAAAGUUAAAUUGAAUAAUGCUGGUUAUAGAUGAUGAAAUUUGAUUCCUGGGGGAAAAAAGGUAUUAUUGUUUCAUCUUGGUUUUAUCCUUUGUUUUUUUUUUUUUUGUUUGUUUGUCAUGUAGGCAAUUGCAUGUGGGAUCGUGUUUCUGUGCGUUCCUCAAUUAAGCUAACAAAAUGAAGGAAAUAGGGUUAUGCCUAAAAGGCUUCAUGAUAGUA